UAACUACAUUUCCCACAACCCCAUUCACUCGCGAAAAUAACGCGUCACGACAAACAUGGCGGACUAGUGUGUGCAUGGGUUCCGCUACCUGCCACACGACGUCAAUUAAUGAAAGCUUAUUUCUCCCAGCAAACGACAUAUUCUUGAAGAGGUCAAAAUGUUUCGUCGGUCAAGAUUUAGUAUUCGACCCAAUGUCGGUACAGCAGGGAGAACAGCAGCAACACCUCAGGAAGCCCCUUCAGUAAAUCAGGAGGCCAGUGAGACCCCCAAAGACAUCAGUGAGAGCAGCACUGACACUGCUGUUACAGAUAACAAGUCUGUUGUGAACCCAUCAGAAAAACCUACAGCCCCAGGGGAUGGUAAUGACCAAAAUGGGGAAGGUACCAGCUCCUCAGCAGCAGUCCAGAGAAGGAAGCGGUUUUCUAUCAAGCCCAAAGUGGCUCCAGGCCGUCCCUCCACCCUUGCUCGGACGCCAAAGUCCCCUGUCAAGGCAGUCUCUGAAACUCCUGUUGAAGUCCCUAGCUUAGACCUUGACAAGCCAACAACGUCCAGCCAAACUGGGACUGCAGCAGCCCCUCAGGGACUCCAGUCCCCAAGGCGACAGAGGCCUUCAGAAGAGAGCAAGCAGCCCAAAGUGCAACCUAAACCCACCCUCAUCUCUUCUGACAGUUUAGGACCUUUAGCUAUACCUCCAGCUGAGGACUCACUAGAACAAACCCACCUGCCAGCCGACAGCAGCAAACAAUUAGAAAGCACAUCAGGCAGUCAAGUUAAAGAAGUUCCUUCCAGACUACCUGAUAAAGUACCCCCCUCUCUACCAGACAAAGAAGCUAUUGAGAUAUCAGAGAAAGCAAAGACUCUAGUGUCUAAGAGUGGGCUUUCACUGUCACCACCAGCGUUCUCCUUGAGUAGACUCCUGAAUGACCCAUCAGACUUACAGAGGCUUGCAAAGGCCCGAAAGCUCAGAGAGUUGCUCAGACAGGAGAUGCACAAAGAAAAGAAAAUCAAGAAAUCUAAGGCACGUGCAAAGGAAUAUACUUUAGAUCCUGCCAAAAUGACCAUGAGGGACCUUAUCCGUUAUCUACCAGUGUCUAACCCCAUGACAUCUAGUUUAGAAGACUCAGCUCAGGAGAAUGAGACUGUGAUCCCGCCUUCUCCAGGAAGAGAAGAGUCACCAGAGAGAGCACAGGAACCUGUAGUCCCCCCUAAAAUUGCAAGCCCGAGGGAGGAGGAAGAGGAGGAGGCAGAAGAAGAGCAAGAAGAAGCGCUCAUGGUUCCUCAGGUCAAAGUAGCAGAGGAUGGCUCACUGAUCAUUGAUGAAGAAAGCUUGACAGUGGAAGUCCUGCGAGCCAAAGGGCCAAACCCAGCACAGGAUCGAGACCCCGUCUUUGAGCGUGGCUCCACUACAACUUACUCAAGCUUCAGGAAAGGGACCUAUUCGAAACCCUGGUCCAGUGAAGAGACAGACAUGUUCUUUCUGGCAGUUAGCAUGGUGGGGACAGACUUUUCCAUGAUUUGUCAACUGUUUCCUCACAGAGCUCGAUCAGAGAUAAAGAACAAAUUCAAAAAAGAAGAGCGAGAGAAUGCCUGGAGGAUUGACAAAGCUUUCAGAGAGAGGCGCAAACUGGACAUAGAGUAUUUUUCUAAGCUGCUAGAGAAGAUUCUGGAAGUUCAGAAAAACAGGAAGAAACUCAAAUCACUCGCUGAGAAGAACUCCCCCAAGAAGCACAAGAGAAAGGCAAAGGGCAAAAAAGCUUCAAAGAAGCUGAGUGAUGUGGAGGAGGAAGAUGAGGAAGAGGAGAAUGAAAUUCCUGACUUGGAGGGGGAGGAGGGAGAGAAAGAGAAUGAGGACCUCUGUAAUGAGGGAGGAACCCCUAUUUCUAAGCCUAAGAAGAAACGCAAAAGAAAUGAUAGACAGGAGGCCUCAACUGAGGAACCAAAUGACAAGAAAAACAAAACGGGUGACAAAAGCAAUGAAAAAGAUGAGGCCUACAUACCCGAAGACGCUGAAGCAGCACUUCCUGAAGACCGUACAAAUUCAGACAUGUCUGAAAAGACUGAGACUGUGAAUGCAGCCAAGGACACCGCAAUCAAGCCAGCUAAACUCUCACGAGGAAGAGCACCAAAACCAGUACUGCCUUUGGGCCGGAAGUGGGGUAAAAAGCCUCCAACACCCUCCACAAAGGCCAAAGAUACUGUGUCAGAUAAAGGGGACGAGAGUGUGAGUGAUGGAGCCUCUAAAGAGCAGGUAGAUAAAGAUACAUCACCUUUAAGGCAGGCCAAUAAGAGGAAGUCAGCCAAUGAUGACAUCUCCUCUGAAGAAGAGGAUGCCACCGUUCAACCUCCAAGACCUACCAGGUAUGGGAGAGUGCCCAAACCCACCAAGCCCUUGACUUACCCUGCCAAAGAGGAUGCACACUCCUCUGCAUUUGAAACCACUCCUGCCUCACCAGCAGGUUCCACUGCUUCUGCUGCCAGGCCUAAACCCAAAUGCACAGCCAAGAGGGGAAGAUCAUCAAAGCCACAAUCAGCCCAAGAGUCCAAAAAGCCCAAACUAGUCACCCUCAGGGCGUCUCAGUCAGAAUACAGUGAUGAGGAUAAUGAAAAGCAGUGGGAGGAAGAAGAGGUGGAGGAGGAGCAGCACCCUGCAUGUAGCUCCAGUAAGGACAGCAUUGCCCCUGUGUUUGUGCCUGCCAGCCUGCGCUCCCCACAUCCUAUGAUAUCAGAGGUGGAAGAGACUAUGGAGGAGCUUGAUAUCUUGGCCAAUAUGCCUGAUGUGUUGGGCAUCUCCCAAGAUGCACUGUGCCCUGAUGCCUCUUUUGAGCUGGCACAAAAUGACACAGCUGAACCCUGUGAACAUCAGUUGGACCUGCUGGUUGAUGUUAUAGACUUCCUUUCUUCAGAACAGACAGAAGCAUCUGAGGAUGAGAGCUACAAUGAGGCUGCUCAAACCCUGUUGACCAUCGGCAACCUGGCUCACCUCUCUCAAUCAGCACAGAAUCAAAUAGCCAUACAAGAUCACAUGACAGGGACAGCAUCAGUCAGUGUGAAUGAAACCAGCCAACACCUAGAAGAAGAGAUUGCAUCAAAGCUUGCUGCACAAGAGGAAAACAGUGUCACUCCUCAUAUGUCUGCAACUUCUGGUCAUGGAUUCACAGAAACAUCUGAAACUGUUGCCACUGUGGAGCUUCAAAGCAGCACAACAGACAAUUCUGAAAUGGACCCUACCCCUCAAUUGCAGUCAAGUCCAGAGAGCCCUAAGAAAAAUUCUUCACAAACCAGGAGAGGACGCUUAUCCAAGGUGAAACCAAAACCUAACCUAGGCCAAGCCUCAAGGACUGCUCAGUCAAAAUCCCAACCAGAGACAACCGUAAGGACAGCUGAAGAGAGCCACACAGUUGCUCCUGACCUUUCUCAAGCCACUGAGACACUAUCAGCUGCCAAAGUAACCCCUAAGAUAGCAGACUGUAGUCAAAAAUUGUUAAAAGAUGACAUUUCUUCUAUUGAAGUCAAACUUACAGAAGAACCGUCUGGCAGUCAAGAAAGGUCUGUUGGUCAAGUAAAAUCAGGUGCAGCAAUAUCAGAUCAGAGUGCCUCAGAAAACCAGGGUCAACCCAUUUUGGAACUGGCCACCAGAGACUCAAGGUCAACAUCUGAGUCCAUAGAUGAAAUACUGAUAUCACAUGUUGGGACAACUAAGAGUAGUUGUAAUAACCUGGUAACAUUUGACCCAGCAGUCACAGAAUUGCAGAUUGGACAAGGGACCAACAUAGACUCAGCCCCAGUCCAAGAGAGCAGCAGUCAUCCUGCUUCAUGUGUUACACCUGUAGAAGAUUUACUUGUCAGUCAGAAAGAAGAGAGUGAAGAUGCACCAACUCACCAGGCCAGGAAGAGUCGAUUCCAGAAAGUCAAACCCAACCUAGCACAGACAUCAAGAACAGUACAUUCCAACCCUGUAGACAUCUGUAAAAAUGCAGAAGAGUUACCUGUCAGUCAGAAAGAAGAGAGUGAAGUCACUUGCCAGACUAGGAGAGGUCGAUUACAAAAAGUCAAACCAAAACCCAAUUUGCCACAGACAUCUACUGUGCGGUCUAAACCUCAAACCACAAAAGACCCUGUCACACACAUGCAACUUGUGGAGAAACCCUCCAAUCCAUCUUCAAGGCCUGAAUCCACUGACAACACAAUAGCAGAGGUAGAAGCAUGGCCAACUUGCAGUACCACCCCUCCUGAAAAACCAAGCCAAAGUACUGGCACUGCUUCAGUUUUAGUACAGUCAUUGGAAUUAUGCUCUACUCAUAAACCAACAGAGGAAUUUUCGUCAACUGAGGACCAGAAGACAGAUACUGGAAGUGCACAAGACUCAGAACAAAAUGUACCUCAAAGAAGACAACGCUUUCCCAAGGUCAAACCCAAACCCAAUUUAGGAUCAUCCACUAGAACUACACAGGCAAAACUGCAGUCAAAUGAUAUCAGUAAACCCUCAGAACAGCUUCAUAGGGACACCUCUUCAAAUGUAACCUCAGAGCAACAGUCUGUGGACAAUAAAAAUGCACAAACAGAACUGAAACUCGCAGAGAAAGACAGCAAGCAUUUGACAUCACCACAUUGUUCAUUACAUACAGAACUUCCCAGCUCAACAAAGUUAGGAUCCGCAGAGUCAGAGAAGUCACUAGACAGCACAAAUGAUAAGGGUACGUCCUCUGAUGGUAUCGUUACAGCAUUGUCUUGUGUUGCUGAGAAUCAGUCUAUGUUGACAGAGUCAGUUCUUGAAAAUAAGAGGAGUGAAAAACCCACAGUUGAAGAGGAAUGCACACAGGACAAAACUUCAAAAAAUGACAUGGUGGAGGCUGGACCUGCUUCACAAUGGGACUGCAAACAGUACUUGUCAAUUAGAGCUACAGAGACAAAUACCCAACCAACAGAUGUUCCAACUGCAAUUUCAGAUGUCCAGUCUUCAGAAGAUGGUUCAACAGAGUUAAAAAUUAAACCUAUACUCUCUACUAAUACACAGUCCAGUCCAGAUCCAAAAGAAAGCACUCAACAGCCAUGUUCAGAGAAUGACUCUAAAGCCCAAAGUCAAGAUGUAGUCCACCAAUGUUCUGAAACCACUGAAAUUAAUCAAAUAACUGCCCAAAGCAGUGAUGAUAAUCAGGCAGAGCAAACCGACUCUUCCAAGUCAUCAAGAAAAGCACCUCAGACUCGUAGAGGCCGGCUUGUUAAACCCAAACCCAACCUGGGACGCAGCAGCCAACCUCCACAACCCCGACAAGUCCACAAUACAAAACAAGCAGAAGCAGAUUGUGGUACUCGCUCAGAAGGAGCGGAUGCUUCUGUUUCCCACAAACCUGUGUCUGAACUCCGACCUGACAUUCAGGAACCAGUAGAGGGAGCUAUUGAACAACGUAGUAACCAUAAUUCUCCUUCAAAUGAUGCUGGGCCCUCUCUUGGCUGUUUGACACAAGCACCUGGCAAUUCUACUCAGGAUGCUUCAACAUCAAUUACAGGAGAGAACCAAAGUCUCACAAUAUUUCCUGACAUUUUGUCGGAGCAGGUACCUUCAGAUCCAGAUGAACCGUUUUUCAUCCUCUCUCUGACUGAGAUACCAGUCUGCUCAUCAGGGGAGGUGGUGGACAGUGUGUCUGUGCCCCCCCCUUAUCUUCCUGUAACAGAUGCAUCAAUACAGCAACAGAGCAGUGUUCUGGGAGAGAGUUUGGCAGCAGCGGGAGAUGGGCCUCUCUCUAAUGACGCUGUGCCUGUAUCCAUGGAGGAGAGUGGUGAGACAGGCCUCAUCAACGUAAAAGAUAUUGGUCCUGACCCAGCUGCAUAUAUAGGUUUGAUCAUGGAGAAUCCAGUGGAUCCAUAUGAGAGUACUACAGUUCAGUCAUCCAAAUUACCAGAGACUGUAGAGAAUAAUGAUGAGACUGAAAUUCCCCCUACAAAGCAGAUGGACACUGGAAGAGGAGCAAAACUGCAGGUUAAGCCCAAUACUACAAGGAAGAAACAAGCCAGGGAGACCCUCGCUGCCAGGGAAGCAGAGUCAAUUCCCAUCCAAACAAACACCACCCAGGACUUGGAGCUUCCUGGGCCUUCUGUGCAGUCAGAAGCCGUUGAUGAGGUCGUCACUGAGCCACAGAAACAAAGUGAUCAUGUAGACACUGAAAAAGAGACUCUGACGAGUGGGAAGCACCCUGAGGAUAGCAGCACAGGAGCACAAACUAAACAGACUAGGGGGGCUAGUAGUAGAAAACCCAAAGGCAUCCCUUCUGAGAAAAGCAACACUGCUCCUUCAAGCGAUUCUCCACCUGGUAAAGCAGCUUCCAAGGGAUCUAAGGUCAAAACUCCACGCGCAGCACGAAAACGAUCUACCCCAGCACCUGUACCCUCAACAUCAUAUGAUGUCACUCCCACACCCAAUCCGACAAUGGCGCCAGAGGAAACCCGCUCAACAUUUUCUCCCACAUCACCAACACAAACAGAGGUGCAUAUCGAACAGACUUCUGAGCACAGCCAACUAUGUUCAGACCCAACUUCUAGCACUUCUCAGUGUACAGCUGAGGUUUCAGCUUCCCAGCAAAGUGACGGUGUGGAGAGCAGCUCCAUAGAGGAGGAGCCCACCAGUGUGUCUCAGUACUUCUUAAGUGACAUUUUUACAGAAGUGGAAGAAGGAUAAAAACCAUAGAGAGGUGGAGUGAGAGGAGGAAUCUGUGGGUGGCUUGCCUUUUUAAAUGUUUUGUUCUGUUAAGUUAUAGCUGUAAAGGUUAAUUUAUAACUAAAAAACAGUUUUGUUUUUGCUGUCCGUUGUAAUGAAGUGAAACUAAAUAUACUAUACUGAAAAAUACAUUUUCACUCAUCUAACACCACAUGGUUGUAGUUCAAGAAAUUAUUGAAUUGUACACAUUAAUAACCAAAACACUUGUAAAUCACUAGUUUGACUCAAAGAGGUGGCAGCUUUUCCCAAUUAUUCAUUCAGUUUCAUGCCUCAGAUUCCCUAAUUUUAUUAAGUACCUGUAAAAAUGUGAAAUUGUACAGCAAACUGAUUUUUUGAUUUUAUUUUAUUCCAUAACUGUUCCAUUUUAACACAGACCAUUGGUCAAACAUUGGUCUCAGGUAGAAAAACAUUACAACACAACCAGAUUACUUGACAUCAUGUACAGUUGUAUGUUUAAAUGUAUUACCUUUUUUAAUGCCUCUUCUGUGUAUUUUUGUGCUAAUUUUAAAUCAUCUGUUCUAAUCUCAAGCGCAUUUGUUUGCAUUUGACAAAAAAAGAUGUCUUAAAAUUAGCUUUUCAUUUAGAAAACAAGACAUCAGACAGAAUUUAAUUUAGUAAAAUUACAUCGUUAUAUUCUGCAAAUGCACCCCAUACAGAGCAGGAAAAUCUUCUGCUAACUAGCAUACAACAUUUUUAUAUACUGUAUAUAGUGUAGAUCAGUUGAACGUUCAGAGGUCCUUGCAGCAUUCAGAUUAUUAUGUUUGAUACUUGAAAUAAAAACAUCAUGUGUUAUCUACCUUAAA